AUGAACCACUCGUCGGGCGUCGGCUCGAUGCACUCUCACUAUUCAGGCAGAAACCGCUCACGAAGCCGGCAGCCCGUCUACACCUCCGACAAACGGGCCAAAUUCACGCAGCGCGAAAGCAAGAAAUGGAUCCGGUUCAUCACGGUGCUCGGCUACAUCGUGUUCGUCUCGCUGCCGGCCGUCUGUCUGUCCAUCUACUACGUCUACAUUUGGGACCCGCAGUACCUGAAAAACUUCCCCAACCACACCAUGGUCAACAAGUCGUACACGGUCUACAAGCCGAAAGAUCAGCGCCAAACGCGGCAGACGUUUGAGAGCCCCCUCUACGACAAUCCACCGCCAUACGCCAAAAAUAAUCAAGAGUGUACUUGCGUCAACCCGGUCCCAAUCCGGCCCACCCAAGAAAUCUCGCCAAGCUUGGGCCACAUUUUGUCGAGCUCGGUCUCCCACGAAGCCGACGCGCGUUCAAAAAUUGAGCCCGAGCGUGGCCAGCAGCUUCCGACAUCACAAUCCUCCGAAUCUCGGCCAAUAUCGUCGAGCAGCGAGAGCUAUUCGGCGUCCCAGGAGUUCCGGUUGAAGAGUGUGGAGGCCGGC